AUGUCAGAGAAUUCGAGUAAUUCUGCUUCACUUGCUAUCAAAAUUCAGAUUGAAGACUUGAUUUUUCAGGUAUCCCAAGAUAACGCUGCUGAAACAACCGAAAAUAUCAAAAAAAUAUUAGCAAAUACCAACAAAGACUAUGUGCAAUUGAUAAUAGAGAAAUGUGCACAGAUGUUUCCUUCAAAGUUCAUACUAUACAAUCAACUUUUUAACGAAAUUUUCAAUCAAUCAUUAAUUCCAGCAACAAAAACUGUUGAUCCAACACAGUUAAUAUCCGCUAUUUUAUCAGAUGAUAUUGCAGUCUUUAAAUCUACUUUUGAACCAAUUGACAAAACAGAUCAUGAAAAAAUUCUUCAAAUUGAUUUUGAAUAUGAGAAGCAGCACUUCAACGUCAUGAAUCUCGCUGCUAAACUCGGUGCUUUCAAUAUAUUUAAGACUUUUAUAGAAAAUAAAUAUACAUUCGAUAAAAAUACUUUUAUUUAUGCAAUUGAAAGCGGAAACAAGAAACUUAUAGAUUAUCUAAUAGGUUUAGGUUGUAACGUUACUGAUAAUAUUGAGAUAUUCAUCAAAUUCCAUCAAAACAAUUACAUUUUUGAAGAAUUAGAAAAAAUCAAAACAAAAAUAUCAAUUGAAUUGAUUGCUUAUGGCAACAAUACACCAGCUUUAUACAAAUUAUCACAAAUGAAUAUGAUUGAUUACUCAAUUUUCAAUGAAAAUAUUUCCCAAUUUUUAUCCAGAGUUGGAUCAUUAGAUAUUCUUAAAAACUAUUCAGAAAAGCAAUAUUCUAUAGCUGAUAUUACUUCUGCAGCUCAAUUUGGAAAUAUAGACGCAGUAAAAUAUUUAAUUAAUUCAUUCAAUGAUAAAAAGCUUGUUUUCACUGCAAUUGCUUCAGGACAGAUAGAAGUUUUCAAAUUCCUUCACGAAAAAGGUCUUGCAAAUGAAAAAAAGUUCAAGAACCAGUCAUUUUGUAUUUGUGCCGCAAAAAACAAACAAAAUGAGAUGUUGUCUUUCUUACUUGAUAAUGGUUUUAAUGCGAAAUCACAGGAUAGUAAAGGAAAUAAUUGUUUCUUGAUAAGUGUAGCAAAUUGUCAUAAAGAAAGCGUUGAUGUUUGCAUUAAUCAUGGAUUGAGCCUUGAAUCGAAGAAUUCUGACGGAGAAACACCAAUAAUAGUUGCUGUGAAAGCUGGUGAUAAGGAUUUAGUUGAAUAUUUACUUGAAAAAGGAUGUAAUAAAAAUUUAACUACAAAAAGUGGGAAAUCUGCAUUAGAUUUUACCAAUGAUGAAAGUAUCAUUUCUAUUCUUAGGAGAGGAGAGAUCAUUAGAGAGAUAUUUGAACCUCCAAGAAUAACAAGAGUCAAGAAAAAUUUGUAUAAAUAA